AUGAGCAAACCACAAACGCCAGUCAGUGCUGGAACAAAUCGACUCGAAACGAACGCAAAUACAUCAAUAAAUGUGCCAUCAGGUCGUAGUGUUAGUUUUUCUCCAGAACAAACAUUACAUAGAAAUUAUGGAUCAUUAGUCGAACAUUUUCAAUCUUUCGGUAGAGAGAAUCUACAUAAUGAAAGUGAAUUAAGCAAGAGUCAUAGCCAUAUAAUUGAAGAUCCAAAUUCAUCUGAAGAUGGAUUUUUAUAUUCACGAAGAGGAUCAACUUUUCCUCUACGAUUACCACUAAAUUCAAAUACUCAUUCAAAUGCCCGUAGAAUUUCACGUAAUCAUACUUAUUCAACCACACCUGGUUCUUAUUUAGCUUCCUUUUCUAGUGAUAAAGUUCCUUGGAAUGCUUUAAGACACUAUCAUGAUAGCUUGUCGCCUACUUAUGAUGAGAAUUUUGAAGAUCCUGCUUUAUUAUCUCCAAAUUAUGAUGAUGGUGGUAGCAUAUCCAGUGUUAUCAUGGAUGAUGGUUCAUUACAAAGAAGGAGAAUUUCUUUAACUUCUGAGCAUUCAAGACAAAAUACAUUUUUUGAGGAAAAUACUCCAUUACUUAAUAAUUACAGUUCAGAUUCCGAUUCAGAACGUGUUGGUUCAGAUAAACAAAAUAGUUGCACGAAUUCUUUCUCAUCAUACCUUCAUCGAACUAAAUCUUGGUUACAAACAAACUUAUUAACUUUAAAUCAUAAAAAUAUUAUCAAAUGUGCUUUGGCUUAUUUUCUUGCGUCAUUAUUGACGUAUGUUCCUCAUUUAAACGAAUUUUGCGGCUUUGAUAAAUCAUAUAAUUCGCAUCUUGUAGCAACAGUUUCGGUAUUUUUUGAUCCAGCAAAAUCAUUCGGUGGUAUAUACGAAGCUGUUUUUUAUGCAAUCAUAGGUGGUAUAUAUGGUAUGAGUGUUAGUGUUGGUAGUAUGUUAUGUGCUGUAUGGUUCAACGAACAUGAUAUGAAUAUUUUGGGGCAUAUCAUCUCGGUCGUAUUUUGGUGUGGAGGAAGCAUGUUCAUUGUUGCUUUCAGUAAAGCAAAAUUAAAUAAAGCAUCUUUUAAUAGUGCUUGUUCUUUGGCAAAUAUAAUCAUUUUCGUAUCUAUAACCAGAGAAGGUGGUCCAUAUAUACAAACAGUCGAAUUUGAUUUAAUUUUUCAAGUUACGAAAAUAAUCCUUUUUGGAGUAUUAAUUAGUUUUCUUGUUUCUGUGAUAAUUUGGCCUGUCAGUGCGAGCAAGAAAUUAGGAGAUGAUAUUGGUAAAACUCUUGAUUCAUUUCGCCUCCUAUUAAAACUUCUUACAAAAACUUUUUUAGUUGAUGAUAUAAAUUAUACGGAUAAAUCUGUACAAACUGCUAUUGAAUCAUAUCGUAGAACUUUUACAUCACUUCGUGAAUCAUUAAGACAAGCAUCACUUGAGAUACAUAAUGGAAAUAUGCAACAAAAAAUUCAUUUAUAUGGAGAAGUUGUAGAAAGUUUAACACGAUUAGCACAACAUUUAGGUGGUUUAAGAAAACUUAUUCAUUAUGUGGGUCCACCCAUGAAAUCUCUUGCUUACACUUGUAAACAAACACUUUUUCAUCUUCAAGAACAAUUUACUGAAACAGAUAAAUUAAAUACAAAGAUAAGACCUUCAUUUACAGUAUUAAGACAAAAUCUUCAUUCGGCUUUAGAAUUAUUUGAAAAAUCACAAUCUCGUGCACUCACUAAACUUUAUAAACAAAGGACAGCAAAAAGUUAUUUCGAUGAUAGACCUAAUGAAGAAGUAUUUCUCAUAUAUUUUUUUGUAUUCAAUUUACAAGAAUUUACUAGAGAAUUAUCUUAUUUGGUUGAUUUAACUUAUAAUAUUUCAAGAAUUGAUGCAAAUGAACAAAAAAGACGAGAAGGAAGGAAAUGGUGGCAAUUUUGGAGAUAUUCUUUUUGGCUUUCUCGAGAUACUUUAUAUACUGAUAGUGCGAAAAAUAAAUUUCCUGAAAAUACACAUAACCUUUUUGAUACAAUUCAUACACCAAAACCUAAAACCCUUCCACAAAAAAUUGCUAUUAAACUUUGGCAAUCAUUCUCUUGGUUUCGACAAUUUGAAGUUAAAUAUGCAGUUAAGGCAGCUGUUAGCGCUGCUAUUUUGGCAAGUCCCGCGUUUAUUGAAUCAACAAGAGAUAUAUACACUAAAUAUCGAGGUGAAUGGAUGAUGGUAGUCAUGGUUCCAACAGUAGGUGGUACAAACCUUAUGGGAAUAUAUCGACUUUUAGGUACAUUAUUAGGAUGUUAUCUCGCAUGGAUGAGUUAUUUAUGGUUUCCUAAUAGUCCAAUUAUCCUAUCUUUACUUGGAUUUCUUAUUGCUUUGUAUAAUUUACGAAAUUCCGAUAAUAACAUUGAAAUUAUUGAUAUAGCUUUAUAUAGAUUUAUAGCAGUAGGUACAGGUGUAGUUUGGGGUGUAUUAGUAACAAGUUAUUGGUGGCCAUAUGAAGCUCGUGUAGAACUUCGAAAAGGUUUAAGUCAAUUAUUUAUUAAUAUGGGAUGGUUAUAUAAAAAAUUAGUAGCUAUUUAUUCAGUACCAUCAGAAGUUCAAGAUGAAUCAAAUCCUAAUCAUGUAUCAGUAAUGAUUAAAAAUCGAUUAUCAAUUUCUACCAAAGAAUUUAUGGAUAUGGAAUUACAUCUUCAAAUUUCAUUAUUAAGAUUACAUAGUUUAUUAGAACAAACUCCAAAUGAACCACGUAUGAAAGGUCCAUUUCCUGUAAGCACAUAUCGUCAAAUAUUAAUAGGAUGUCAGAAUAUUUUGGAUAAAUUAUUAUCAAUGCGAAUAGCUGUGACAAAAGAAGAAUGGUAUUCUGUUGUUAGAAAAGAUUUUAUUGCUCCUAUUGUUGAAGAAAGAAGAGAAUUGGUGGGAAAUGUAUUAUUGUAUUUUUAUGUUCUUGCUGCAGCUUUACGAUUGAAAACUCCUUUACCAGCAUAUUUACCACCAGCAGAAAGAGCUCGUAGACAAUUGUUGAAAAAGAUUCGUGAUUUACCUGUGGUUAGGAAACGAGUUAUUGAAGGUAAUGAUGAACAUUAUAUUGUUUAUUACGCUUAUGUUUUAGUUAUGGAAGAUGUUAUUAGAGAAUUGGACAAUUUGGGUAUUAUUAUGCAAGAAUUAUAUGGUUGUAUGGGUGGUGAAGAAUUCAACGCAUUUUUCUUUGAUGAAAGUGAAGGAACGAGUAGAGAACAAAAUGGUAAUGGGGCAGGUGUUGGAAGUAGUGGAAAUUUAGCUUCAUCUAAUGAACAAAGUGAUUCAAAUAUUGUUGGAAAUAUUGUUGAAAAUUUUACUGAAAAUAUUGCUGAAAAUGGUGCUGGGAAUGUUGCUGGAAAUGUUGCUGGAAAUAUUGCUGGGAAUGUUGCUGGAAAUAGCAAUGAACCGAAAACUUUGGAUUGGUAA